AUGGUGGUUCUUUCGUUAUCCCACAACACCUCGCCUUAUGUCCACAACGGCCGCACCUGUUGCAUCUCUGUGCUUAUAAAAUACAUGCCCCAGCAUCCUCGCAUUGUGAGACUCUUCCCAUUCUUACGGUUCGACCCCUUCCUGCUUCAUCUUCCUGUCCCAUGUGGUAGUGUCCCUACCUGUUAUAACUGCUUUCUCUUUUUUAUCAUUGUCCUUUCUUUUCUCUUUCAAGUUUCCUCUUUUCUUUCCCUUUUACACAAAUACGAUUUCACACACUGUCCGGCUGUAACAGAGAUAUACACUUUCUUCCUCUCUCUGGUUUUCCUUUUUCUUUCCUUCUUUCUUCUUCUGUAUACAGUUCAGUUCAAACACGAUUCAACUGCAACAGGUAUAUACACUUUCUUCCUCUCUCGGAUUUUCUUCUUUCUUUCUUUCUUUCUUUCUUUACACAAUUCAGCUUGUAACAGAGAUAUAUACUUUCUUCCUCUCUGGUUUUCUCUUUUCUUCAAACGCAGUUUGUAUUCUCAACGUACAAAUUCCUUCUUCUGUGAUAAAUAA